UCCACUUGGCUACAGAGCAAAGCCGCUACAAAGUCGCUUAUCGUGUGGUGUGGUUUGCACUCCUGCGAAAGCUUCAAACGCAGCAGGCACAUUGUGCAGAGAUGGACAUCCUUACUGUGUUGCCGUCCAACUUCGGAUACGUGAUAUUUACGUACCUCUACAGCUGGAUUAUGCUGGGGUAUCUGGCAGUCAAGGUUGGGGGCGCCAGGAAGAAAUACGAUGUAAAGUAUCCCACCAUGUACAGUGACAAGGAGCAGGUAUUCAACUGUAUCCAGAGAGCACAUCAGAACACUCUGGAAGUGUACCCUCAGUGGCUUGUUUUCCAGACCAUUGGAGCUCUUGUCUACCCACUAUCAGCAUCUGUGCUGGGGGCUAUCUGGGUGACCAGCAGGUUCUCCUACGCUUGGGGUUAUUACACAGGAGAUCCAGCCAAAAGGAUGAAUGGGGCCUACGGCUACAUUGGAUACUUUGGCGUCAUCAUUCUGUCCAUAUCUGUAGCCUUGCAACUGCUUGGAGUCUUUUAAGACAGCUGUCAUCAUGUUUGCACAUUUAACUUGGCUUGCAUGGAAUUUAUAAAUGUGUCAGCUAUAAUGUAGCUGUACAGUUCUUUGAAUGCUAAUUCCAGAUCAAGAAACAUAUUUUUAUGGACCACUAACUUGAUAUAUUUUUAUUCCAAUAUUUGCUGUGAAUGUACUCCAUGUGAUCACUGAAAAUAAAGCCGACUGAGCCCCAAA